AUGGAUCCUGGGGGCCACGGCCGCAUGGCCCAUGACCACAACGAGGACGAUGGCGACCCUAACACCCCUGGGCGGGAACGCCAGCCGGCACGUGAGGAUGGCACCCUCACGGUGUUCUUUCCCGUGCCCCACACGGUCCGGUGCUGCGAGGAGGGCUGCCGAGCUGCCUACGCCGCGGCCAAAUGGACAGCGCGGCGGCAGUCCCUCCAGCGGCACCUAGAACUCGAGCACGGUGCCAGAAUCCGGCGCACCAUCAACGUGUGCAGUAUCUGCGGCGAGACACUGGGGCUGAGACCAGCCUCCCACGCCUGCCUGGCUGCAGCCGACUCGACCGCCCCCCCUGCUGCCCUGCCACACCAGUGUGGCAGUUGCUCAAUGUCCUUCCCCACAAGGAGGGGCUUGAGCAACCACGAACAGUGGCACAGGAGGGAGGUGGCACUAGCAGCCAGGCAUGAUCUCGCCGCGGGUGCUGCCUCUGGUGCGUCGGAGCAGGACAACGACGGCACCCCUCCAACAGAGCAGGACAGCACAGAGGGUCCCGCUGAGGACCCUCCAGAAACACCAGCAGUGGCCACCGAGCAGGCCGCCGACCAGGAGUCGUCUUCUGUGGCGCCUCGAGGAACACCCGGACAAAGCAGCGAUGGCGAGAUGGCCGAGGCACCCUCUCAGCGGACGCCAAACCAAUCAGGGCGGACCGCGGCCUCGGCCACUCCUUCUCCAACACCAUCGCUGCUGUCCAACCGAGGCAGCCCGGGAGCACCAGCCUCCGAGGCUCACAAGCCGGCGGCCAUGCAGGAGCUCUCCCCAGGCAGGGCAGAGUCGCAGGACCAUGACGGAAGCACCCAGGACUUCGGGACCCAGGAAAAACAUGCUGGUACCACGCGGCCAGAGGGCAGUGCACGGGGCUUAGAAGACGAGACGGCAGAGCUGCGGGCAUUGAGCCAGUUGCCUAAGUCUGCUGGGGACCGCAACCAAACAUCUGCGGCUGCCAGUCGGGGACUCGCGCCAAUCACGGAGGCGCGAGGUGAACCCCGACAACCCCCAGCAGAUCCAAACACUUUACCGAAGGAACCGGCGCCGGCAGUGCGGCUAAUCACUGAAGGCCCGUCGCAGCUCUGUCCGAUCGACCCCCAUGCACUACAAGACCACUGCUCGAACCUCUGGUCACCAACAACCGUGGAUACCAGCAUCCUGUGGUCAAGGCUUCCGGCCACCGAAGAACUGGACUUGUGCCCCUUUUCACCGGAAGAAGUCGCAGCCAAGCUCCGUAAAUGCGAGAGUACAGCUCCAGGGGAGGACCGCCUCACGUACCACCACUGGAGGCAGGUGGACCCUGAGGGCAGGUUCCUGGCGGCGGUAUACAACGUAUGCCUCCAAUACCGCCGCACACCCCUGAGCUGGAAGUCGACGAGGACAAUCCUGAUUCAAAAGAAGGGCGACCGCGAGGACCCCACAAACUGGCGACCCAUUGCCCUUGUUCGCACGAUUGCGAAACUGUAUGCCGGGUGUCUCACCACCCGGCUGCAGAGGUGGUUGGGCGACCAUGCGGGACGCCUGGAUGAUGCCAGGACAGGAGGUGGGGAGCUGUGCGUGGGGUUCCUCGAUUUUGCCAACGCCUUCGGCUCGGUCGCCCAUCAGGCUCUCGUCGACGCUGUCCGCGGCGCCGGCGCGGGGGCGGCCUUUGCUACCAUCGUUGAAGACCUCUACCGCGCCAACACCACCUGCGUUGUGGCAGCAGCUGGCAUUACGGAGCCAAUCACCAUCGGAGCCGGGCUGAGACAGGGCUGUCCUCUGAGCGGCCUGCUUUUCAACCUGGUGGUGGACCCGGUCAUCCGUGCAGUACAGGGAGGCGAUAGGCAGCACAACAUCCUUGCCUACGCCGAUGAUCUGACGCUGCUGUCCGCGGAUCCCACCACCCUGCAGAGCCGCUUGGACCGUGUGACUGCCCUGUCGGCCCGGCUUGGGCUGCGACUGAACGCCGCCAAGUGCCGAUCUCCACACCUGUCUGGUCGCCACCCCGUGGGUACACGGCCCACCUCCUUCACCGUGGUUGGCGACCCGAUUCCGGCGCUUGGCGACUUCGAGGGGCACAAGUUCCUGGGCCGUCCAGUGGGGUUCAGGGUGCUGCCGGACGAGACGACGGUCGACGAGGCCAUCCACCUAGGCAGAAAGCUACUCUCCUCCAUGCUCGCCCCAUGGCAAAGGCUGGAUGCCAUAAAAACCUUUCUAUAUCCAGCCUUGAACUUUGCCAUGCGGGUGGGCCUUGCCAGCAAAGGAGAGUGGCAACGCCUAGACGAGGAGCUCGGCCCGCUCAUCAAGAAGACCCUUGCAGGGAUCCCACUUGCGGCGGAGCUUAGCGACAUCUGCCGUGUGGAUGGGGCCUUCAAGCUACUGACGUCGACCGACGUGGAAGUCCGGGAGCGCGCAGCAGGGGACCUAGAGGGCGUCGUGUCAAGGCGGCUAAGACGACCAGCGAACACCGAGGACAUGGAGGCCUACCUCUCAGGCGAGACGGAGGGCGACUUCCGACAAACGUCCACACAGGUCCAGUCUGUGUGGACGGAGGCCCGGAAAGACUCCCGUGGCCUCUCCGUCGCCUGA